AUGCGCACGAGUCGAAAAGCACGGUCCAAGCAUGUGCCGACGCAGCAGGUUUCGGAUCUUGCGUCAACCGUGAAUGCCCUCGAAUUCGAGCGUGGUAGGGAUGUGGGCCAGAUGCUUGGGACGUUCGCGGCGCAGUACCGCCGUGUCGUCGAAGGACUCACACUCGGCAUGGACACCGACGAAGCACGCAGCGAAGUCGUGCGCAGUGCACGCAACGUGCUGCUGCGUAAGCAUACCCUACAAUGGCCUCUUUUAAGUACAGAGGCACCUGCGCCUGCAUACCUUUUGUCUGACGAGGUUGCCGCGCUCGCUGCACACGCACGACCAGCUGACAUCGGGCCAUUAUGGGUCGAUUUCCAGCGCAUCCUGCACCACACCCUCUCGCACCUAUCGCUACUGCCCCCGGUCUCGCUUUCUGCAGAUUUUGUGGAGCGUGAGGCGGCAAAGUACCUUGAUGCCCCUGAUCCCACCGCCUCCGUACUGGAAGGUGCGCUAUCGUACCGGCCCGUCGCAGUCCAACGGCGCCUGCAAGCACACACAAUCGACUGGCGCGACGUGCUCACGAGUCUCUUUGCGCGUGUGCAUACGACGUCUGCGGGCCAAGUCGCAAUGGCACGUACGUUGGAUAGGAUGGAGUCACUGUACGCGGCACGGCCAGAAGAGCCGCAUUUGGUGCGAAAGACGUGGGCAAUGCUGGCGAGCCCCGAUAUUCAUCACAGGAUGAACUUGCUCGAUACAAGCAAGCGGCGCACUCUUCCAGCAGAUGACCCCGUAUCGUGUUUACGCGAUGCAUGCGGCGAUAUGGCGCCGUUGCCAGCGUUACCCUCUGCAUGGCGUGCAUGGAUGCCUGCUGAAGCGAUCCCCGCCCCCCUUGUGGAGCUGCCUCGGGAAAACGCGCCGGGGCGUUUGCUGGAGAUGCUAGAGUGGGAGAGCGAUAGCGAAAGCGAUGAAAAUGACAUGGACACUUUGGAUGCUUCGGACGAUGCAGCGCCUAUACGCUGCCUAGACACUGGGAAACGCAAAGCAGCGUCCCAUUUUUCCCUACGGAAACGCACACGACGCACUCCAUGGUAA